UCAGAAACCGUCUGUAAAUACUACACAUAUGACCGCCUACGAAGUGAUGUGAAACGAUUAGCGAUAGCAUUAAGAGACGAAGGCAUCACAAAGGGUGAUCGAAUCGUUGGUUUUUUAACAAAUUCUUACGAAACUGCCGUCGCCAUGCUCGCCACAACGGCCAUUGGUGCCGUUUGGUCAUCUGCAUCUGUUGAUUUCGGGACACUCGGUGUAUUGGAUCGUUUUCAACAGUUGAAUCCUGUGGUAUUGUUCUCAGCCGUUCGUACUACCUACAAAGGGAAAGAAUUUAAUUUGGAAAAUAAGAUUACAGAGAUAAUCAAGGGUUCGACAUUAAAAUAUUUAGCGCUGUGA